AUGGUCAUCACCGGAGAUGAUCGUGACCAUAUUGAGCAUACCAAGCGGCACCUUCAGCAACAUUUUGCCAUGAAGGAUCUAGGACCACUGCGCUAUUUUCUUAGACUUGAGAUUGCUCGCAGUUCACGUAGUAUUCUCAUUUCUCAGCAGAAAUAUACCGCUGAUAUUCUGUCCAGGGCUGCUCUAUCAGAUUCACGUACUGCUGCCACUCCUAUUGAGCUAAAUCAAAAGUUUUGCUUAGACGAUGGAGAACCUCUUUCUGAUGUCACCUACUAUUGGACCUUGGUUGGCAGUCUUAUUUAUCUUACUAUCUCCCGACCCGACAUCGCCUAUGCUGUUCAUGUUGUCAGUCAGUUUGUUGCUGCUCCUCGAACAACUCAUUAUGCGGCUGUUCUAAGGAUUCUGCGCUAUCUUCGAGGCACUUUAUCGCGUUCCUUAUUUCUACCAAUCUCUUCUGCUCUCAAGUUGCGUGCCUAUUCUAAUGCUGAUUGGGCUUUCAAUGUCACUGAUUGCAAAUCUAUCAUUGUUUAUUGCAUUUUUCUUGGCGAUUCACUUAUUUCUUGGUGUUCCAAGAAACAACAUAUUGUCUCACGCUCUUCUACAGAGUCCAAGUAUCGUGCUAUGGCCGACACUACUGUUGAGAUUGUUUGGCUUCGUCGCUUACUUGCUGAUAUGGGAGUUUCACUUCUGGAUCCUACUCCUCUGCAUUGUGACAACAAGAGUGCCAUCGGUGCAAAUCCAGAAGAAUGCUAG